AUGUCUUCAGAAUUAGGGCAUCCAUUGCCACCAGUGCUUGCUGAUGGGGAUGGAACUGGAGCCCCUUAUUCCUCGCCUCCCUGGACCUCAGGCCUCUCUACCAGCCUCUCUUUACAAAGAGGGAGAUUCCCCUGCCCCAGGGUAUCGUUGAGAGCGCAGGGCCCUGUUCCCCUACAAAACUUAGAAACUGACAACCUGGGAAAGCAGAUCAGAUUGGGAAUGGGGUUAGGUCCUUUUACAAUUGGAGUGAUUGGUGAUGGCGGGCUGGACAUAUGCCUCUAUGCCUUUGACCUCAGGGCUUCCUGGGUUGGUGUCUUGACAGUCAGCGAUAGGGGAGAAGGGUUUGAUAGCAGUUGGAAGAAGUAG